GAGACAGCGGGUAAUCCCAGGGAGAAGGAUCACUCCAGCCAUGCGCCGCGGAUAUUAAAAGCCUUAGACUAUACUACAUGCCGGUGGGAUCGACUAAGUGGGUGGAUAUUUGGACAUAACACAGGAAUUGAUCCCUUGACGCGCAGAAUGAACCGCGAAAGGGACAGAUGGGACGCGGGCAAACCGGCGACUUUGUUGGCAAUUUUGUGGAAUCCACGUAGCGUCACUAUGGAGCCUUUAUUUUCUCUGAGCUGCUCAGAAAGCCUUCGUGUCUUCACAGAGGUGAAGGAAGUUAAGUGAGCUGAGCUUGUAGUAGAAUGGUCCUCCUCGGAUGGGACUCUGAGGGAAGGCGAUGGCAGCUUUUCACCACAGCAACCCAACGGACAGGGACAUCAGGAGGGUUCUCCAAAAACUUCUAAUCAUGCUCUCUCUGGGAAUAAUCUGUGUCUCUCUUUUCUACUUCCUCGCAGGAUGCUGCGAGUCGGACAUAAAGGAAAACUCCAUCUCUCAAAGACCCGCCAGUGAGUUUCUUUUAUCAGGAUGGUAUCAUGACAGAAACGGGACGUUGUAUAAGGACGUUGUACUGGUACAGAAUGAAGAUGGAUACCCAGUAGCCGGGGAGAGGAGCACAAUAACUCCGGUUUUGGAGACGAAUAACUCGGUUAAAGAUUUGAUGGCGACACGGCGGUUACCCCAAGCCCUCAUUAUAGGGGUAAAGAAGGGUGGCACGAGGGCUCUUUUGGAGUUUCUCAGGCUGCACCCGGACAUCCGCGCGCUGGGCUCUGAACCGCACUUCUUUGACCGGCAUUACGCACGAGGUUUGGACUGGUACAGGAGUAUGAUGCCCAGGGCCUUGGAUGGCCAGGUUGUCAUGGAGAAGACACCGCGUUAUUUUGUUACCGUGGAGACCCCGGGGCGUGUACACUCCAUGUCGCAUGACGUGAAGCUGAUUGUGGUGGUCCGAGACCCUGUGACCCGGGCCAUCUCUGACUACACCCAGAUCAUCUCCAAGACCCCCCACAUCCCCGCCUUCGAGACCCUCGCCUUCAAGAACCGUACCAAUGGUGAGAUCGACUCUCUGUGGAGCCCUCUAUGGAUCGGACUGUACGCCCAGCACCUGGAGCGUUGGCUGGCCUGGUUCCCCCGGGCCCAGAUCCAUCUGGUCAGUGGGGAGGGCCUCAUCUCCGACCCAGCCGGAGAACUAGGAAAGGUCCAGGACUUUCUGGGCCUUCAGAGGAUUGUGACGGACAAGCACUUCUACUUCAAUAAGACUAAAGGUUUCCCCUGCCUGAAGAAACCGGAGGGCAGCAGCAAGCCCCACUGCCUGGGAAAGACUAAAGGCAGGACACACGCCUCCAUUGAUCCGGAAGUGAUCCGGAGACUGAGGGAGUUCUAUAGGCCGCACAACCAGCGGUUCUACCAGAUGACUGGCCAGAACUUUGGAUGGCAAUGAGGACUCAGUAGGGAUACCGAGGUAAAACAUGCAUCCAGAGUAACAAAGACACUCAGGCAUGGUUCACAGGGACAGGGACAGACAUGAAUGCCAUUUUGGACAUGCAGGACAAAUCUAAUAAGACCAACUACAAUCCACAGCAUGUGCUCUCGGAUUACAGCCUCAUUGAUGCCCAAAGUGAAACAGUACACUUUCUACUCAAACAGGCAUAAAUCCUUCUCACAAAUCGAUGUUCAUACUAUUAUCUACACCUCUUUUCUCUAUAAUAAAGGAAAUAGAAAUGAGGACAUAUGAGCUUGUCUGACCACCAUGCUUACCACUGCCAACUUCUAAUGUCAGAAUCUCCUAAAAUACCCACAAGAUGGCAUUUCAACGUUUCUUUCACACAAAAUCCUACAUUCUGUAAUCAAUUUGAAAUGGAGAUAAAUGAAUUCAUAACGAUCAAUUUAAAAAAAUGUGGUCGAAGACCCCCAGGUUUCUAUGGGAAGCCACCAUAGGUUGUUGCUAAAGAUAAUGCAUUUGUAUCUGUUUUGAAUAAAUCACAAUCCAAAAAAAGA